AUGGAGGUCAUCAAAGCAUACCUGCCCCAGGCCGAAGGCAUACUUCCGAAAUGGCUGCUCUUCGUCUCGGUGGUAUCCGUAGGGAACAGCAUCCAAGCUUACAGCACACUGGCCUUUACUUCGCGCGUCUACAACCCUACGCCCAUUGACCCACCCCCGACAACGCCAAAACACGUCACUGCCUUGUCCUCACGCACAUUUGGAACCUGGACUUUCCUUGCGUGCGUCAUUAGGUUCUACGCGGCCUACAACAUCGACAACUCAGCCAUGUAUCAGCUGGCCAUGUGGAGUUAUGCUGUGGCCUGGGCCCAUUUCAUGAGCGAGUGGUGGAUAUUCGGCACGGCUAGGAUGGGCAAGGCGCUGCUCGGGCCAGUCGUUGUCGCAAACAUGAGUUUGCUAUGGAUGUGGAUGCAGUGGGAUUACUAUGUCAAGGCUUAG